CGUUUUCCUGAAAUUUCCCUCAAACAAGGACUAAAGUCCAAGCCAGUUACUAUUUGUUUGGUGUCUCCUUCAUAAUGAGCAAGUAAGAUGGUCCACUUUCUCUGUAGAAUCCCCACUCACCGUCGACUUCCCAUCGCAUCUCAGCAUCUGAAUUCUUCUUCAUGCAUCAAUUCAUUCAUCAUCCAACCUAUAUUCACACAACAGUGAGAAGCCAACUUGAGAUUUUAACGAGAGAAGAUACACUCAAUUUUCAGUUAUGUCAGUGAUUUGGAAAUACUUUAGCUCGCAAGUAACUAGGGCCCUGACCGGUAGUCGGCCAUCAACCUCGAAUCAGACUAGUACAGAAGAUAACCUCCAAAACAGUAGAUAUGAAUACGACGUGUUUAUCAGUUUCAGAGGUACAGACACUCGCAACACCUUUGUUGGCCAUCUCUAUGCUAAUCUCAUUAGAAAAGGUAUUUUUGUCUUCAAGGAUGACAAACAACUUCAGAAAGGUGAAUCCAUUUCAUCUCAACUUGUGCAUGCAAUUCAACAUUCACGAAUUUCUAUCAUUGUCUUUUCAAAAGAUUAUCCUUGUUCGACUUGGUGUUUGGAUGAAAUGCUUGCUAUUGCUCAUGCUCAUUUCCAUGAUGAAAUCAAACAAAUUGUUUGUCCGGUUUUCUACGAUGUUGAUCCAUCUCAUGUGAGAAAACAGAAUGGUGCUUACGAGGGUGCUUUUGCUUUCCAUUCUUUGCUAUUCAAACAUGACCCUGACAAGGUUGAUGUGUGGAAGAGAUAUAUGGCCUAUUUGGCUUCAUUAGCUGGUUGGGAUGUCAGGGAUAAGCCAGAAUUUGAACAAAUUCAAAAUAUUGUUCAGGUUAUAAUAGAAAAUUUGGGUCGGAAGUUCUUAGGGAUUGCUGAUGAACUUAUUGGAAUACAACCUCGAGUAAAAAUAUUAGAAAAUGUUUUAAAACUAAGCUCACAUGGUGAUGAGUUUCGAGUUUUAGGAAUAUGGGGGAUGGAUGGCAUAGGAAAGACAACUCUUGCAACUGUCUUGUUUGACACAAUCUCACAUCACUAUCAAUUUGGUGCUUGUUGUUUUAUCGAGAAUGUUAGCACCAUUUAUAGAGAUGGCGGUGCUAUUGCUGUUCAAAAACAAAUUCUUCGUCAAACUCUGAAAGAAAAAAAUCUGGAAACAUACACUUCUUCCGACAUAUCUGGAAUUAUACUAAACAGGCUAUACAACAUGAAGCUCCUUAUAGUUCUUGACGAUGUUGAUCAAUUUGAGCAAUUACAAGAAUUGCACAUAAAUCCCAAACUACUUCUUCCAGGAAGUAGAAUAAUCAUAACCACUAGAGAUGUGCAUAUUCUUGAAUUGUAUGGAGCGGAUAGAAUUCAUAAGGUUGAAUUGAUGAAUGACAAUGACGCUCGUGAACUUCUAUGUAGAAAAGCCUUUAGAAAUGAUAAUCCUAGUAGUGAUUAUGCAGAACUUAUUCCUAAGGUACUAAAAUAUGCUCAAGGUCUUCCAUUAGCGAUUAGAGUACUUGGUUCUUUCUUGUAUAAUCGAAAUACUACCCAAUGGAGAGCUACCUUGGAAGGAUUGGAGAAUAAUCCAGAUAGUGGAAUCAUGAAAGUGCUUCAGUCAAGUUUUGAGGGACUCGAGCAAAGAGAGAGAGAAAUAUUUUUGCACGUUGCUUGCUUCUUUGAUGGAGAGAGGGAGGAUUACGUGAGGAGAAUUCUAGAUGCUUGUGGAUUGCAGCCUGAUAUUGGAAUUUCACUUAUUGCUGAAAAAUCGUUCAUAACCAUUAGAAACCAAGAAAUUCAUAUGCAUAAAAUGUUGCAAGAGUUGGGGAAGAAAAGUGUUCGGGAACAACAUCCUGAUGAGCCAAGAUUAUGGAGCAGAUUGUGGCUUUACAGUGAUUUAUAUGAUGUAAUGACUACAAAACCGGAGUCAAUGAAAGCAAAAGCCAUAAUUUUAAAUCAGAAGAAGGAUGUAUGUGAUUUCAAUCCGUUGAGGGAUGAAGAUUUAUCAAAAAUGAAAAACUUGAAAGUGCUCAUAUUAUAUCAUUCAAAUUUUCCCGGAAGCCUUAAAUUUCUUUCUGAUUCUCUAUGCUAUCUCUUGUGGAAUGGUUAUCCUUUCACGUCAUUGCCAUCAAAUUUUCAACCAUAUAACCUUGUAGAAUUUAAUAUGCCGGGUAGCAACAUUGAACAACUAUGGAUAGGCAUCCAGCGUCUCCCCAAUUUAAAAAGGAUGGAUUUGAGCAACUCCAAAAAUCUCAAGGUGACUCCCCGUUUUGAAAGAAUGCUAAAUCUUGAGCGGCUAGAUCUUACAGGAUGCAUAAACUUGGUGGAGGUGCAUCCAUCAAUUGGACUUCUUACAGAACUUGUAUUCUUGAGUUUGCAGAACUGUAGUGGUCUAGUUAAUCUUGAUUUUGGCAAAACACCAAGAUUAGAGUCUCUAAAAGUUCUGCGCCUUUCUGAUUGCACCAAACUUGAAAACACUCCAAAUUUUGAUGGAUUAUUAAUUCUUCACUAUCUUGAUAUGGAUCGAUGUGCAAGUUUGUCCACGAUUCAUGAAUCAAUUGGGAUCCUUUCAAAUCUGAAAUUCUUAAGUUUGAGAGACUGCACAACUCUUGUUGAAAUACCUGCCAGUUUUAAUAAGAUAUCAUCUCUCAUAACUCUGGAUCUUUGUGGAUGCUCUAAAUUUACUAAGGUGCAUCUAGGAGGGAUUUCCACAUUUCCCUUGCACUCUCUAACUUAUUUAGACUUAAGCUUUUGUAGUAUUUUUAUAAUGCCUGAUGCUAUUGGAGAAUUAAGUUGUUUAGAAAGACUAAAUCUUCAGGGAAAUAAGUUUACUUCACUUCCAUCCACCUUGAGUUGUCUUCAGAAUCUAUCAUAUUUAAACUUGUCCCAUUGCUAUAAGCUUCAAAGUUUACCCGAGCUUGCAAAUGAAAGUGGUCCAUCAGAAUCAGUGGGAAGAUAUUUUAAAACAACAUCUGGAUCCCAUAAUCAUAGAUCAGGAUUAUAUGUUUUUAACUCUCUCAAUUGCUCUAAGUCAGAAUCCUUGUUCGCAAACAAAGAUUUCUAUCUGCUCUUUGCUACAUGGGUACUAAGACUAGUUAAGGAACCUCUUCAGUUUCGGUGUGGCUUUGACAUUGUUCUUCCAUGGCACGAGGAAACCAAUGGUUCUCGAAGAAAUCUUUCCAUUCAGAACUUUUUCUCUCACAGUUUUAAAGGGGGUUCAAUAAGAAGGAUAAAUAACACUGCUAUGCAUGCUGACUGGCUUGGGUUUCUAUUUUAUGUAACAUUUGAGUUAAAAAGUGACCAUGCAUUGUCUAGUUCCUCACUCUCUUCUCCGCCAUUGCCAUAUCCUAUUUAUCUUUCUUUUGAGAGUGAUCACACUGAAGAACGGUUUGAUAUGUUGCUUAGUUUGGAUCAGUCUCUCUAUGGAAACAACUAUAUUUGGAUAAUCUAUAUCUCUCGGAAGCACUGUCAUUUUGUAAAAACAGGAGCCAAUAUCACAUUUAAAACCCACAAAGGUUUGAUUUUGAAAGAAUGGGGUUUGCGAGUCAUAACCAAUGGAGACAUAAAUGGCUCAAGAAUUGAAAUGAGCGCACCUCUACCUUUACAGAUUGUCAAAGUAAAACAAAGUGGAAGCGGAAGUAGGGUUGAGCCUAAAAUCCAACUUCCUUAUAAUUGGUUAGUUUCUGAUGAAGAUGAAGCUGAGAUGGAUGGAGCCAAGAGGAAAGAAACCAGUCUCUUUAAUCUUGGCCUUUCUACCGAAAUACCACACUGAAAAAACAUUAUAUUCUGCCAGCCCAGAGAAAUCCUCUACAGUUGGGUCCUCUGCUUGGGUUUCUCCUGCCAAACAGUCAAAGUUGUGGGAAUCAAUUGAUCCCAUGGAAGAGCUGGUGUUCAUAGAUGAAUCCUCAUCUUUUGAUGCUUUUGCUGGAAAAGUGGAGAAUAAUUAGUUUUUCAUAUGGUCCAAAGUUCUAACCAUGAUUUCAUCUUCUGAUUCAUUUGGAUAUUUUCUCUGGAAGAAGUUCUUCAGAUUUCCCAUAGACAUUUGUUGGGAGCUUUGCUCUUUGACCUUAUUACUUUGGACUUCAGCUAUAGCUGUUUGAAUUAAAUUUGCUAUUUUCUGGACUUA